ACCCGCCCCGGAACCGCGGGCCCUGCGGUGUCUGCAGGUCCAUGGCCCUCGGGGGCAGCGCCUUGUCCCCUGCGCUGCUGGUGGCGGCGGCUCGGGAUGCUCUGGGGUCUCGGGAUGCUCAGGGGACUCGGGAUGCUCUGGGGUCUCGGGAUGCUCUGGGGUUUCGGGAUGCUCAGGGCACAGGGAGCAGGACAAGGCGGCGGCUGCCGGCGGCCCGUGCCCUGCACGCUGCCGGGGAGGUGCUGGCGGUGUCGGCGGGGCUGAAGCCGGCGCUGCUCUGGGACUGCGGGGCCGCGGGACCCGCCGAGCUGCGGCGGUACCUGCUCGGGCUGCGGGCUGCGGGGCUGGCCCCGAGCCGCCUCCACGUGCUGGGCAUGGGGGGCUCGGCGCUGCUCCUGCACCCGCGGCUGGCCCGCGGCAGGUUGGAGGGGAUGCUCCGCGCCCGCCCCGCGCCCUUCGUGGAUGUCUCCGCCGGGAGGGGAUGCCCCGCGCUCUGCGGGGAGCCGGAGGCCGAGGCCAUCAAGGGCCACCUCGCCUCCCUGCUGGACCACCUGCGGGAUGCCGAGGCCGCCGGCGCCGGGCCGGUGUCCUGCAGCGAGGUUGUGCCCGAGGACUGGAACCUGUGCCCCGUGGUGGGGGUGCUGCUGGGGUACCCCGCGGUGUACACCUUCUCCAGGGAGGAGAACUGCCUGGCACUGACACCGCUGAGGGUGUUCACGGUCCAGGCCUCCUGCCCCAGGAUAAAGGACGGUCUCAGGGUCCAGAUUUACUCCUUCAGCAUCCCGGAGAGCCUCCACACGGAGCUGGGAGAGGUGCUGGAUGCCUGGUGUGACGAGCUGAAGGAGGCAUUCAGUGCACAGAGUGACUUUGUGGAUCUCUGCAUUUCCAGCGAGGUCGUGUCUCUUCCAGCAGUUGCCUUGUAAAACAUGAGCAAACUUGGACUUUUUGGCCUUUCUUACAUCGAGGACCGAGGCAAAAGAUCCAGUUCCCCUGUGUGUGACCCACUGCAUCUCUUGGCCCCUGAGCACCAAAGGCUGAAUUGUGACAAUCUCCUGACCUCCUGACCUCACGGGCCAGUGGCACAACAAAUACAUGUACUUUAAAGAAGACAAGCGUGUGGAUGUGUGUGCUCACAGCUGCUCUGCAGCCUCAGUCCUGCCUGCAGAUUGUGCCCUGUAAGGGUGUAUUUAUUUGCUGUGAGCAGCUGAGGGUGAAUAAAAACUUUGAACACCA